CAUCUGAUCAUGUGAAACAUUUUGAUUUUACACUCAACAACAGAGCGUUUUGUUCACACACUGACAUUGUUCUGUCUCAACACUUCCCAGGUUGCACCGGUGCUCUGGCUCGAGAGAUGGCGAAGGCUUAUCCGUCCUCCUCCGUCACAGUGUUCGACCUCCCGCAGGUCGUGGAAACGGCUCAGAAACAUUUCUCCCAGGAGGACGACACCGUUGUUUUUCAGGACGGUGAUUUCUUCAGUGGAGAGAUUCCUGCUGCGGACUUGUACAUUCUGGCCAGAAUCAUUCACGACUGGCCUGAGGAGAAGUGCCUGAUGCUGCUGAAGAAGAUCUCCGACACCUGCAAACCAGGUGGCGGCGUCCUGUUGGUGGAGGCCAUGUUGUUUGAGAACCGACGAGGCCCCAUCAUGGCUCAGAUCUUCUCCCUCAACAUGCUGGUGCAGGCUGGGGGCCGCGAGCGUCCCCCGUCCGAGUACACCCACCUGCUGAAGAGGAGCGGCUUCCAGAACGUUCAGGUGUGUCGGACCGGAAAGUCCUACGACGCCAUCCUGGCCACCAGAUGAGCUCAGACUGACGAUCAGCCGAGAGAAGCUUUCCUUGAAAGUCAGGGAAAGUAAAGAACGUUCAACUUAAACAUUUUCAAGGCCUUGAAAAUGUAUAAAUAAUUUCUCAGUGUGACGAGAAAAGUCCUUCUCAUGGAUGUGUUCGAUCAUUUCAAACCACGAUUCUGCUGCAGGUGGAAACUAUCGGUCUGUGUUGUGUGUGUUUGUGGAUUCAAUAGCCAAAGAAAAAUAAUAAUUCAAUUUAUUUUUAUUUUUAUUUGUCAUGUAACGCACAAUGAGUAGAAACCUUGAAGUAAGAAAAGAGUGUGAGAUCAGAUUUAUGAGCUGGAAGACGUGAAGAUGUUCUUUGUGUGUCGUGUGCGGUGAUGAAUUCAGGAUCCCUCAUAGAUCGGACUUAGCAGAACCCCUCAUGAUAAACCUCACUUUACCUCCGUCGUACCUCACGGUGUUACAACGUUUUUCUCUGCCUCUGACACGGUGUGAACGCUGGUCGAGGGAAGAAUCCAUUUACUACUGUUUAAAACUGGUGCUUGGUGACGUCUGUUCUCAUUCAGCUGUUUUAUUUUUAUCCCUGUGGACAGUCGAGACGCUGCGUUACUUUGGUGACAUCACACAGACGUCUCACCAUCAAACAUUCAUAACAUCUCAUGGCUGCUAAGACUUUUGCAUAUUGAUGACGCAGUGGAGAGCUGCGUGUGAGAGGAUCAGUGAGUUUAUUUUUGCUUUGUGUGAUUUGCAUGUUAUCAAUCUCAAACUGUAGAAACGUAUAAAAACUGUUCUGUAUAAACCACAGACUGUAAAUGAAGGUGGACGUCGGCUCUCAGGCGUCUCAUGGUGUCAAGAUCCUGCUGAGAAACGCACUUGACCAAGUCUCAGCUGUCAAUCAUGACUUGUCACCCUGUUUUAUAGCAUCAAUUAACUAAUUAAAACCAAACUUAUCAGAAACACUUGAGCAAACAUCAGUGUGAUAAGAACGAACUAUAUUUACCUUAUGACCUAUAUUGCAACCACCUUUAUAUACAGUCUAUAACACAUACGCUUGUUUUCUGUCCUCUGGUCAAACAUGUUUGCAGCAUGCGUCCCUCAGAUUAAAUCAUAGACACAUAAUGUU